ACAGAAUUUAAUUUUUUGCGGUUGCAAACAUGUACGCACGCACAAAAUAUUUACAAGGAUUGCUGCUAUUCUUUCUGAUAUGCUUAAUAUUUCAACAGUCACAAGCAUUUUUCCUUAAGGACAAUAUAUUUAGCAAAUUAUUAAAGAACGACGAUGAAAGUGAAGCAACUGAUCAACCAACGAAUGAUGAAGAUGAAGAUCAUUUUGUGGUUAAAUUGCCAAAAUUAAAUAAAAAAUUUUUUAAACCCUUUAAAAAUAUCUUCGGUGACUUAGAUGACAAGCUUGAGAAAGAAAAGAAAGCAUUCGAUGAAAAACUAUUGAAGGAUAAGGAAGAUUUCGAUAAGAAAAUAUUUGAUUUCUUUGCCGAUAAAGAAAAGUCGAAAAAAAUAAUGGAUAAAUAUGGCAUCAAGGAAACUCAGUAUAAAGACAAACAAGAGGAAGUCGUAGAUAAAUACGGAAAGGACAAGCCGGCUGAUAAAUCUGAAGAGGAGGAAACUGUCGAUAAAUAUGUUAAAAACAAAGUUAUAGAUAAAUAUGAAAAAGAAGAGACUGUGGAUAAAUACGAAAAUGAAGAUGAUGUGGAUAAAUAUGAAAACGAAGAGCCUGUAGUUAAAUAUGAAAAAAAGAAAACUGUAGAUAAAUAUAAAAAGGAGAGAACUGUGGAUAAAUAUAGAGAAAGAGAACCAAUAGAUAAAUACAAUAGAGCAGAAACAAUGAACAAAUAUGAAAAGAAGAAAACUAUAAACAAAUAUGGACAGAAACAACCCCGAAAUAGAUAUGUAAAAGAAAAAACUGGGAAUAAAUAUGACAAGCAGGGAACUGUGAACAGAUAUGCAGAUGAGGAUGAAGAAGCUUAUGAUAAAACUGAAGAAAUGGGAGAACAAAUUGCAGUACCUUACAAACAGUAUAGGAAUGAAAACGAUGAUACCGCAUAUGUUUCAAGUUAUAAAUCACAAAAUAAAUAUAAACAGAAACAGUAUUUGCCAUAUAAUGAAGAUGAAGAUGAAGAAGAAGAAGAAGAACCAUGUGAUGCAAGUUACGAAAAUGAACAGCUUAGAUACUAUACGAAAUAAAAUUGUUAUUGAUUAAAAAGAACUGAUUGGAAAUUGUAUACUCGAAAACAUAUAUAAACAUAUUUAAAAUAUAUUAACAUUUAAGUACUAAUAAAUUUUUAU